AUCAGGUGCAAAACUCACAUUAAAAAAAGACUUUCUUGGCCGGCAGCAAGUGAAGAUAUGGCGUGGUGUGCUGCUAGGUACAUAUCGUCACCGGCGAUCGACGUCCGCCAGCUACGCCGCCACGUGCCGCUUGCUGCAGGCAUCUGCUGCGCCUCGUUUGUCGGGGCAAGGUCCUCCUCCACCUCUUUUUCCAAACCUUUCGCUUGCGCUAGUGCGGCCUUCUCCAUGGCCGCCGAGACAAAAGAAGCUAUUAAGACAGAAAAGGCUCCUGCAGCUCUGGGACCAUAUUCGCAGGCUAUUAAAGCAAAUAAUUUCCUUUUUGUCUCUGGUGUUCUGGGCCUUAUCCCUGAGACUGGAAAAUUUGUGUCCGAUAGCAUAGAGGAACAAACUGAGCAGGUUCUGAAGAACAUGGGAGAAAUACUUAAAGCCAGUGGUGCCAGCUAUUCCUCUGUCGUUAAAACGACAAUCAUGUUGGCUGAUCUGAAGGAUUUUAAAAAAGUUAAUGAGAUUUAUUCCAAAUAUUUCUCAGCCCCAGCACCUGCUCGCUCUACCUAUGAAGUUGCAGCGUUGCCACUGGAUGCAAGGAUUGAAAUUGAGUGCAUAGCAGCACUGUAAAUUUACUCACUCCAAGUUGCUGGAAUCCAUUAAAUAACUCAGCAUUUUUUGACUCAUUUAGACCUUGGAAUCUAUCCAGAAACUUAUUAUUCUGAAAUCACUUCCCUUUUACUGUAUUAGUUGCCCUACAAUUCCGUAGACUGUGGCAUGUCUGCCCAUAUGCUAAUUUGAUCGUAUUUUGAAA